CGCUUCGACACCGCCGAUGACGUCUGCCGCUUCGACACCGCCGAUGACGUCUGCCGCUUCGACACCGCCGAUGACGUCUGCCGCUUCGACACCGCCGAUGACGUCUUCCGCUUCCACGCCGUUGAUGACGUCUGCCGCUUCCACGCCGGCACCAACAUCGGCUCCUCAGCCGCCUCCUGCAGAGGUAUCUGUUUUGGCUGCAGCCCCCGCCGCUUUGUCUGCUGUCUCCGGGCCUGCUUCAGCGCGCCCGCCUCCACGUCAGCCGCGGAUGUGGCCGUGCCCUGGGCGUCCUCCUCGCGGGAUGCACUCGUCUCUUUUUCGGCCAAUGAUGUGGCUGUUCCGUGGCCGCCCGCCCCGCCAGUUCCAGCGGCGCUCUACGCGCCGUCGCCACCUGACUUUCCCUCGCUGGCUGCGGGGACACAAGGGAACAUCUGGUAUCUGUUCCUUGAGGGGGAGGUCCUGUAACGAUCUGUCACUUACUUUCUGAUAGUUUUUCGUGUUUUGUACUUUGUUUCCUGUUCAGUGCUCUUAUUUUGUCAUACUUCCUGUUUACUCCGCUGAGCACUGUUUUUGUCACACUCGCCGUUGAUUGGCAGCGGUCCUCAGCUGCGGUCAAUCAACAGGUCUAUUUAUGUUUCACUCGAGCACUCCUCAGUGCUCGAAGUUAAACCUAUGUUGGGAACAUCUCCAUGCAAGACUGCUUUCUGUUUAUAUAUUUUACUUUGAUGAAAUUAAAAUCAUCUUACCUGCUUUCUGCUCUCCUGGAUUUUUGCAUACUUGAGGUCACACAACUGCAGCCAUGCGA